UUCAUAUUCCAAGACACUUUACAUAAGCACCCGAACAAGCAAGUAAAUAAGUAAAUAUACUCACAAACUCUAAACAUAAACGAAUCCUCAUAUAAUAUCCCAAGCUUUGAGGCAAAAGACACAUGGCGACAUCAAAAACAUCAGUUCUCAUCGUUUUCGUUCUUUAUCUCUCAGGCACAUUGUUGGUAAGCCUCUCUGGAAUCCAAGCGCAUAUAUCAUGCAUGACAGCAGAUGACUGUUCGGUGCUGUGUCGAGGUGAGUUUGAGGGAUGUGUGGACGGAAACUGCGUUUGCGAUUGGGUAAAACCAGAGACUGAGCUGACCAAGACGAUACGGUGCAAGAAGGACAGUGAGUGUCCCGAUUCUCGUGAAUGCCCUAAAGACUACUAUUACUCUUGUCUUCAUGGAGAAUGUACUUGCAUUGCUGUUUAACUUAAACCGAUAAUCUCAUAUGGCUACCCCCAUUAUAAAAUAAUAAAAUCUAAAUUAUUUAAUAAAAAAAUAUUCG